AUGUGGCCAUCGCCGUUAGCAUCAGCUUCUCUGAUCAUUUCGUCGACCUCUUCUUCAGUCAAACGCUCGCCAAUAGUGGUCAUGACGUGGCGCAAUUCGGCAGCUGAAAUAAACCCGUUGCCGUCACGGUCAAACACUUUAAACGCCUCGCGAAUCUCCUCCUCCGAGUCGGUGUCCUUCAUCUUCCGGGCCAUCAUGGUCAGAAACUCGGGGAAAUCAAUAGUGCCGUCGUUAUCCACAUCGACCUCGUGGAUCAUAUCCGAUAACUCGCUCUCCGAGGGGUUCAAUGCCAAACUUCUCAUGACCGUACCGAGCUCCUUAGUAGUGAUCUUGCCUGGCUGUGUUAGAUUUUCUCGGGGGUGGGGUGUUGCCUUCGGCGGCUGGGGCUCCGCCCCAGACCCUGGUUGCUCCUGCUUCGCAGGAGAUGGCGGGGAUUCCGGGGGUAACGACUCGAGCGAAGCGAGAGGAGCAGCGGGGUCUGGGGCGCAGCCCCAGCCGCCGGAGGCACGAGGGGAACGUACCAUCGUUGUCCUUAUCGAACAGAGAAAAUGCCUCUUUAAACGCGGAGAUUUGUUGUUCGGUCAGUUGGUCAGCCUGUUUGGUUUGUUAGUACCGGUUUCAAGUCUGAUCACACAGCCCCUAUCUCCCAUGUCCCGAUCCGUUAUCUCACCAGUCACGGGACUCAAAACCCUGUGA